CGACCAAACAAUCAACACUCAGAUGAUACGAAUCUAAUUGUUAUGCUGCGAUCAGGUCAUUCUUUUUACGCUUGACUCCAUUUUAAAGGUCAAUGACCAUUACACUAAAAUGAUGCUACGCAUAGAGGGAAAUUCUUAUAUUCAAAUAAAUCAGGAACAAAAGAAUUACACGUACGAUACGGAGGAGAUCGGCAUGUGCACCUGCAUAUCCCAUUAUCAUUAUCCAUGGAAUACUCAAUAACAGUGUUUCAGAUUUGGACAUGCCGUGUAUUCAUACGACUCCCUCGAUGGUUUGUUUCAAAAUGAAUCAGCCUAAAGGCUUGGUAUAGUUGGGAUUCUGCGGUGGUUUCUUUGUGUUAGGUUAUCGAGCAGUGAUACAUAAUUUUAAACGACAUUUUAAUAGGCCGUGCUGUGGCUAUGAAGCGGUACUGCAGCACAGUUGGAAGUUCACGUUCCCUCGUUCAGGUUCAGAGGCUUCUGAGUUCAACGCAUAACUGCAGACGCUUCCGUUGGUCGCAAUGGAAGCACAGCGUCAUCCAGUGACCAAAUGUUGUGCGCGCACAUUUCUGUGCGAUAACAAGACAUGAGUGUUAUAUAUCUGAACUUGCCAAAUUGUACAUGCCCAUGAUGAAUGUGAUCGUGACAGUUCUUGUGAAGAUUUAUCGGAACAGCUUCAGAGAAGAAAACAUGACAAUUUUGAUCACUGAAUUCAUAAGAAUUCGAUACGAAUACGAUGCAGACUUUGUUUUUGUCACCAGAAGCACGUGCACCAACAUUUCUUAAAUCCAUAAUUAAAUGACAACGAGCAACGUAUGCAUGUAAUUCCGAGAUAUCAUCGCCUGAGCGUCCACAGAAAAAAGCGGGAAAAUGUGAAAGGAAGCAAUAGCGGAUCACUACAUUUCAAAGAAGCCACCGGUAGCGUAAAUCCCACAGACACGGACAACAGCAACGCGAUUUUGAAACAUCGCGGCAUUUGGUUUCCGUUUCCGGAAGUAAGUAUGACAGGUGACAGAGCUAUCCAGGGUGCUGACACUGUGGUCAGAUUUCAGCAAGAUGACAGAACACCAACUGUCCCCCACCAGAGCCCAACCUAACACGGACCAGGUUCAUAGCUCUUUGCGUGGCACUGACCAACCGGGUUGUUGCUUAAAUUUCGAUGGGGAAUCACAACGUCAUCACCUUCUACGAGCUUCCGAGUCUCACGGUCUUCAGCUUCUCGCAGUGCUGAGGUCGUUUCGGGAUCAAGGGCUGUUGUUUGACUUCACCAUCAAAGUCCAGGAUCACAGUUUCCCUUGCCAUUGCUGUGUCCUCGCAGCUUGCAGUGAUUUCUUCAGGGCCAUGUUCCAGGUGGACAUGCGAGAGCGUGGUGAUGGCUCUGUAACACUGGGUAACCAGUCUCCUGAAGCAGUGGCAUCCUUCCUGGACUUUGCCUACUCUGGAGAGGUGCUGAUCACUGAAGGAAAUGUGGACACUCUAUUUCAGCUCGCAUCAUUUUUGCAGGUGUCUGUGUUGUCGAAGGCCUGCAGUGACUUCCUUAUUGGAACCUUGGAUCUGUCCAAUUGUCUUUCCCUUUUGUCUCUUGCUGAAGCCUAUGGAUCGGAAUCCCUCCUGGAAAGUGCCAAUGAGUUUGUGGUUCACAACUUCCAUGACCUUUCUAAGACAAAAGAAUUCCUGGAUAUGCAGAUGAAUGUGCUGGUGACGUGUCUAAAGGCGGAUGAGCUAAACGUUCCGGACGAGAAGACUGUAAUGAUGUCACUUUUGAAGUGGAUCCAACACGAUCUGCCCAAUAGACAGAGGGACCUCUCAGAAUUGUUAUCUCUGAUUAGACUCCAUCACCUACCUAUGGCUACAUUAGAGACCCUGGCCGAUUCUGACCCACUUCUCAGCCAGGAUAGGUCAUGUUUGGUGCUGGUGUCAGAAGCUCAGAAGAGACAGAGUGAGCACAUUGGUUUGCUGACAGAUGCUCGGCCCAGCACCACUCAAAGCUACAUCUACAUCCAGAAGACAGAGGAGAACGGGGAGAUCCGACACUCUUUCUCUUACUGCCUAGAAACAGACCGGUGGAAACAGCUGGAGAUAGAAAUCGGGGAAGGUGGUCAUUCCAUUCCAGACCCACCUGGCUCUUACCUGUCUACAUAUGCUGAGAAGAUGUUUGUUACAGGAGGGUGCAAGGGUAACUGUUGCCGAGCAAUCCGUCUGCAUGUUGCUGAGCCGUUCCAUGAUGCCUCUGAUGAAGUUUGGUGCUUCUGUCCUGUGACACUAACUUGUGCACCAGCACCGUCCAUGCCGAAUCCCCGAACUAUGCACACUGCUGUAACCUGUCUGGACAGAGUCUAUGUCCUCGGUGGGCGGACUAAGGGCCAAAGAGGGGCAGCUCCAAGUCUGCUGGAGGUGGAAUAUUAUGACCCUUUGGCCCGCACAUGGAGCUCGGUCAGCCCACUUCCCACUGCCAUAUUCUACCCUGAAGCCAGCGCCUGUGGCCACAUUAUAUACACACUGGGGUCAGAGGUGGAGAUCACAGACUCCUUCAACCCAUCAAUCGACUGUUUCUUCAGCUAUAACGCUCAAGCGGACCAGUGGAGCCGCCUAGUGGGAGAGUUCGGACAGUUCUUCCACGCCACUUUAGUUAAGGCUGUUUCAAUACAUAACACACUUCACCUCUGUGACCUCUCCACGUACAAGGUUUAUAGUUUCUGUCCUGAGACGUGCUCAUGGAAUGGAGUGGGGUCAUUUGAGUGUGCAGGAUUUAAUGCUGGGGCCGUGGGUGUGAGAGACAGAAUCUACAUCCUUGGUGGUGACUAUUCACCGGAUGAAAUCACAGAUGAAGUCCAGGUCUACCACAGAGGCCGGAGUCAGUGGGAGGAGGUGGCACCAAUGCCCAGAGCGCUGACUGAGUUCCACUGUCAGCUGAUCAGAUUCAACCGACACAGAGACCCCUGGGUUGACUGUUUGAGUCAAGUCGCACACUCACAUGAACACACAUGAACACACAAAGUGAACAUGGGAUUGUCCUACCAGCUCUGGCAUGCUUGUCGGUUGAAAUCCCUUUGCUUAACAACAAGAGCUUGGAGACAGUGUCGCCGUCACAGACCAUAAUAUCAUGAGACCCUAUGAGCCAGAGGUCUGUUUAUUUUUCUAUUUUUAAGUCUUGAUAGUUGCUGUGUCAAUCAAAAACGAUCCCUCCCAUGGAGAACUCUUGUUGUUCAGAUUGCUAUUUUAGAACUUAUUUAAAUUCAAAGUGUUUUUGAGCAAUGAGAAACUUGUGUUUAGAGCAGAGGCCAGUUGGGGGCUAGAUGAAAUACAUUAGUCCAAAGAAGGGAAUUGUAUGAGUAAUUGUGAUUAAUAUGCAUGUGAUUGAGGGGAAAAAAAAAACAAAAAAGUUCUAAAAUAAACCAAAACAUGAAGUGCAACUGGGAUCAUAUUAGAGGAUAUGUAAAAAGAAUCCAGAAUGAUGUUCAUAAACAGCAUAAAUCCCUGUCAUGUUGAGAGUAAAAACUCUGUUACAGAGAAGACACGGACAGACAGCUAUUGAGUACUCGAACGGAACGUGGUUGUUUCCCCUUUUCCAAAUAUUCCUCUUCCUGAUGAACCCUAGACUGUCCUUCAAUCGCGUGCAUGCUCUAAUUCAGUUUCUUCUUUUGGAUUGCAUCUGAGAUCUGAGUAGUUGGCAUGCUCAAUAAAAAUGAAAUUAAUGAGUGCUUUGCACGUUGAAUAUGAUAAUAAACGUGUUGCUUGAAUAAAGAAUUAAAUUCAUAUUAAUGUAGGAUUCUGUGGUGAGUGCAUAGGAUAAACAUCUGGUAAAUCAUAUUAAGAUCACUGAGAUAGCCCUCAGGAAUGGUUCCCACAUUUUUAAAGCACAAUAUUCUAGCACAAUAUUCUUUUUAUUUUUAUUUAUUAUUUAAUAUUAUUUAUUACUAAGGUUUGAUUUUGAUGUUUUGAGGCAGAAACUGAACCAUGCACAAGAUGACAGAACUAAUAGUAUCUAGACAUCAAAAGAAGUUAAUAAACAACAAAUAUGUCUGACAAUUCCUUCUUGUCUGAGCUUAUAUUUACGUGUCCCAAAGGGAUUUAGUUCUGCAUCUCGGUCCUGACAUUAGCUGGAAGUUGCAGUAAAUUGGAGCACGCAUUAAAAAGAAGUGUUCAGCCUUUCAUGCUGCCUUUAUUGAAAGGGUGAAACUUGAGUUAGGUUUGACUGCUGCUAUGAGUCCAUCACAGAACGACAGAUCAAAAUGUAACUAUGAAUAAAGUCAUUUAGAGCCAGUGGAGCAGAGUUGACUCAGUAUUCAUAAAACACACGACUUGCACAUCUAAGGGUUGAAUGCAUACUUGUGGAAAUGCUGUCCAUUACUAAUAUUUGGCUCCAAACUAGACAAAGAAACAGAUGUGAGAGAGAGAAGAAGGCAGCGACUCCAUGAAGAGAGCCAGCAUUCAUAACAGCAACAACAGCGGCAUCAUAAGAAACUAUAUUAAAAGCAGAUUUUAUUCUCCAUAAUAGUGUCUUAAUGAUCGUACAUCCGCAUCACAUCAGCUCAAUAUCUAAGUAUGAAGGCCCACCACACACUCCUCCGUAGCUCAGGAGGCCCAUAGUUCAGUCCUGAUAUGUUUUCACCAGCAGCCACAUGAGCAUCACAGUGAUUAAGACGAUCAUGAAGUUGAGGAAGAGCUCCUGCGCUGAGCGAUCCAUGUUUGCAGUAUCAGAGAAGCGGGAUGCAGCAAGAGACAAGGUGGACGCAGAUCCUGGAUCUUUGUUUUGGAUCUGACCAUGAAGAGACAGUGAUUAAGAUAAAUUGAGGUAAAGUCGCAACUGGAUGAG